AUGGCAGACGCAACAGAACCCAAAAUCCACAUCUCAGCACCCGAAGCACGCCGCCUCGUCGAGGAUAUCCUCAAAGGCAACGGCGUGCCGGCCCCCAACGCCGCCACCGUCGCCCGCUGCCUCGUCGCCGCCGACCUUCGCGGCGUCGACACCCACGGCAUGAACCGCAUCCCCUCCUACAUGGAGCGCGUGCGCCAGGGCGUCCUCAACGCCGCCGCUGAGCCGGAGCUCACCCAGAUCACCCCCGCCGUCGCCCAGGUCGACGGGCGCAACGGCUUCGGCUUCGUCGCCGCGAGCAUGGGCAUGGCCGCCGCCAUCGAGUCCGCAAAGGUCUUCGGCAUCGGCAUGGCGAGCGUCAAGCACUCGAACCACUUCGGCAUGAGCGCCUGGGUCGUGCAGCAGGCUAUCGACGCCGACAUGAUGAGCCUCGUCUUCACGAACUCCAGCCCCGCGCUGCCGGUUUGGGGCGGCAAGAGCAAGCUGAUGGGCGUCUCGCCGAUCGCGUGCGGCGCGCCGGGGAAGGACAAGCCGUUCAUUCUCGACAUGGCGCCGUCGGUGGCGGCGAGGGGCAAGAUUUACAAGGCCAAGAGGCGGGGCGAGAAGAUUCCUUUGGACUGGGCGUUGGAUGCGGAGGGGCGCCCGACGGAUGAUCCGGAGGCUGCGCUGGGGGGUGUCAUGCUUCCCAUGGGCGGGCCGAAGGGCUCGGCGCUGUCCAUCAUGAUGGACGUGUUUUCGGGGGUGCUGUCAGGAUCUGCUUUCGCGGGACAUGUAACAAAUCCGUAUGACCCCUCGAAGCCGGCAGACGUGGGCCACUUCUUGGUCGCCAUCAAGCCGGACCUGUUCAUGAGCUUGGAUGACUUUAGGGAGAGGAUGGAUUACCUGUACCAGCGUGUCGUUGGCUCAGACAAGGCAGCUGGUGUGGAACGCAUCUACUUCCCAGGUGAGAUUGAGCAACUCAAUCAGCAGGAGAGAGAGAAGACUGGCAUCCCGUUGGUACAGGCUGAGGUGGAUGCUCUUAACGAGGAAGCGAAGAGAGUUGGUGCUCAACCCUUGACCCCCAUGACGAUGGCACAGUCAUGA